CAUCUCAAACAUGGCGGGUAACUUAAAUUCUAUUGAUUUCAAAACCUUUCUAGUGGGUGCUGAGUCAAGUUCGAGGCGAUUUAGAUCAAACAUUGAUGCUAUUUUUGAAAAAUACGACAAGCCUUUUGAAGAUGAUGAUCUCCUUGAUUUGUCCACAAUGACAAUAGUUAAGGACAAUGGUUACCUGAAAAAACAACACCAUGUUCCUUUUGGAUUUUCAAAACUUAAAAGCACAAAACAAAGAGAUAAACUAAAAAAUGAGGUAAAAAGCAGUGCACCAGUCACAGAUCUUAAUGUGUCAAUGGCUAUUGCACGUGAAUGUGCUUCUCAUUUGAAGAAAUAUGAACCAUAUGAUGACAGUGAUGCAGAAACAUUAAGUUCCAAGAGUUCUAGUAGCUACUAUAGUGAUAACAGUUUUGAUAGUGAUAGUAGUGAUACAGGCAGUUGCAGUAGUGAUUCAUUCCAUACACCAAGUGAUGAUUCAUGUGUGGAAAAUGUGGAGAGUUCCUUGAAAGAAACAUUGAAUAAUGGUUAUCCUUCUACUCCACAAAACUUAAGUAAAAGAAUCGCUAGAUUAGACAUACAAGGUUUGCAGCAUGAAACUUUUAAUGCCAAUUCAACCUUUUCAAGCAGUCUCAAUGUUACCACCUCCUUAGAUGAUGUGACACUGGUUUCUAUUUCAAGUCCUACCCAAAAGAAUGGCACUUCUUUAAAUAGAACUUUUUCACACGUACAGAAUCAGAAUAAAAGUACCCACUCAUUUGAUUUUCAUCAAACAUUUGUGGUUGAAAAGCAAGAGGAUCGCUUGAGAAAUUAUGUGAACCCUGUCAAGUGUGAUAAUGACUUUAUGAUUCGGCGACGCAUCACCCCCGUUGCAAUAAAUGGUGAAGGUAAUCCAGGACUAGAAAAACAGCAUCCCACAUCACCUUUGACAUCGCAUCGCAGUCCUAGUUCAUUGGGCACUAAAUCUAAACUUUCACUACCAAAGAAACAGUUAUUUAAACAGCCUGAAUUCAAAAGUCCAGCUAGUAAGGAAGUUAUAAAUGCUGGGACCAAAAUUUUGCAUGCUGAGAACAAAAUCAUAGGAACCACUGCUUCUUUGUCACCUUGUCGGGCGUCGAGCAACACAUACCUAGCAUCAAAGCCAAAAAAUUCUGUAGCCUCCAGUAUUAAUGUGCAAAGCAGUCCUAACUGUAAAGAAUCUUUUACUAAUUCAAUAUCAUGCCAGACUGCUGAUAGCCGUCUUAGCAGUUGCACAUUUUUAUCUCCUUCAGUUUCAAAAGAUAGGUCAUCAACCACAUCAGCAAGUUUUAAUUAUGGUAACAGAGUUAAAAAACCAUGUUCUUGUAGCACAGUUGGUCAGUCAGCUGAUAGCAAGUAUAGUAAUAGUACUAAUACUUCUUGCUGUCACCAUGAUCCAUCCUUCACCAUGGCUGCCAGUAGCAAUUUUGUUAACAGAUAUGGAGUUAAAAAUUCCUGUUCAUGUAGUGAAAGAUGCCGAACAACUGAUUCUAAUUUUAGUUGUGGUAGUGCUCCUACAUGUCAACUGCAAACGGAUCUACCCUUAACUAAGGCUGCCAGUUUUAAUUUCGGCAGCAGUGCUGGAGUUAACAAGCCAUGUGUUUGUAGAUUGAUCCAAGCCACUUGCAACAAAAGUUGUUGCAGAAGGUUAUCAUCCUUUUGCCAAGAGUCAUCUAAUCCAUCUUUGUCAAGCACAAGAUCGACACAGACUUUAGAGCCAUCCAAAUUAUCGGGCACUACUUAUUCUAAUUACCAAGUUCAGACAAAUAGGGCUGUACCGUGUUGCUUAGAGAGGCAAUUAAAUAAUUGUGGAUUUGAUAAAAAUAAAUGGAAUUUGGACACCACUUUAAAAAAUACUUGUGGAGGUAGUGAUAAUUUAAAGUUCAAACGUAAGGCUGUUGACUCGCCCACAAGCGAUUACUUUACAGAUUUAUCUCAUUCAUUAUAUUCAAUGCACAACCACUUGCCAGUUUAUCCCACCUCACAAUGUGAUGGUAAAUUUGAUGAACAUUUUCAAACCUCCAUUUUCAAACCCUGCCAGGAAAAACAGUGCUCAUCAGUGGACUUAAGCAAAAGUUUGUUGGAUGAUUCUUGGCCAGCGCUGAAAUCGCCUGUUAAACUUGAUCGUAAAAAAGUACAAAAGCAGCUUCUGCUUGCAAGAAGGCGGCACAAUCUUAGCUUCAGUCAGCAAGUGUUUUCUCACACUUUGCAAAAUGUAAUUCCACAAAGCACAUUGAACAGUUCCAUAUCUUUGGGGUUUCCCAGUAAAGCCCAUUCAUUUCUUCAAAAUACACUUUCAACAUCCCACUCAUGUUUUCACGGGACACCACCAAAGGUUGAUUCAUCAAGAAAUCAGUUAUGUCUGCAGAACUCGCUCUGUUCCUUUCUUCAAAACACUACAUCCAAAUUGUGUUCAUGUAAUCGGCAAAGGACACCGCCAAGAAGCGGUUCCUUUCUGCAGAUGACGCCAUCUAAAGUCCAUCCAUGCCUGCAGACCCCUCAUGUCUGUGUAAACUUGACCAGUCCAGAAACCAAAAUUGUAAAAGACAAUGAAACCCAAACAAGCCAUCAGUGCCAAGAUAGUCAUCAGCCUUUUGUGCACCAACAAGAACCAAACAGUUUUGGAAUAGAACAUCAUUGUCACUGCAAAGCUUUGAAAGAAAAAGCCAUUGUUCACUCAUCAACCCAGCUUGAAAGCAACCAAUCUCUCCCAAUGUUUCCUGUCUCUUACAUUGAAAAGUUCUGUCCCAACAAUCCAUUUAGAAUAGAUAGUGAUAACUCAGCUGCUAACAACGAUGCUCAGUUGUCUUUUAAAGAUAUAGUCAAAAGAUUUAAGCCUAGAAGAAAUAAACUACAACGCAACUCAACUUCCCAUUUAAAUAAGACAUGUAUACAGUCUGACUCAUCCUUUGCUAGACCCACUACUCCCGUAGAAAGGCCCUACUUUAAUAUAGCCUCACCUGUAAAAAUACCUAACUACAGCAAAUUAACCUUUCAACGUAAUGAACCAUCAGCUAACAAACCAUCAUCACCUGUAAGUCCAAUAUGCUUGAAUAAGCCAUCGUCUCCAGUAGAAAAAUCAUUUUAUACCCCAGCUAUUGUGCCACCAAAGCCUUUCUUUAGAAUGCCAAAUAAAGUAAGAAAAGUUGCUCAUCGUUGUCACACCUGUAAUUCACUGACCAACGCAGAAGACCAUCACUGUAAAAAACAGCCACCUCAGCUGUUUAAUUCUACUUUAAUAGAUGGCUCAGAGUUUCCUUCAAACAAAUCUUCUAAGCCAUUUGUUCAUCAUGAUUUAGACUUCAAUGAUACUCUCUCAACCAUUGUUGCACCAUCUAGUUGCGGAACAGAUUUAGGAUUCAGUGAUGAUGAACCUGGUACAAUUAAUAAAAGGUCCUCUUACAGCAGUGAUGAAAUAGAUCUACUGUAAAACUUGCUUUGUACAUUGAGUUUUAUCCAAAUGUCUAAUCCAUAUUUUAGGCAAAUGUAAAAUGUGAUUUAUCAAAGGUUGAAUUGUAAGAAGUUGUAUAAUAAAGAGAUUAACAUUUUUACAUGUGUAAAAAGAUCUGUUCAGGAAUAAGCUGAGAAAUGUCUGAGAUAUUAUGUAUUACUUAUAACUAACUGACAAAUACAUAAGAAAAAUAUUAUUUUAGUGAAAUGUCUCAAAACUUUGUUGUUUUAUAUAUAGGCCUACUUGGUUGGUGGACUUUCUAUUUUGAAUAUA